CCAACGUCACACUGAGGAAGUAAAAGAGAAAGUUAAAGUCAGAGCUGCAGUUCAGACACGUCUCUGAGUUUCUCUGUAAGAAAUCUAACCUGAGUUCAUCUGGACUUUCUCAGACACUGACUCCAACACUGUGUGUGAAGAUGUCUGCUGCCAGCAAUCUGCUCUCUGAAGAUCAGUUUCUGUGCUCCAUCUGUCUGGAAGUGUUCACUGAUCCAGUCUCCACACCAUGUGGACACAACUUCUGCAACAAUUGCAUCACUCAGCACUGGAACACCAAGGUCAUCUGUGACUGUCCCCUGUGUAACAAACAGUUCAGAACAAGACCUGAACUCAACGUCAACACUUUGCUCUCUGAGAUGGUUUCUCAGUUCAGACGUGAAGCUGAACUCAAAGCCAGCAGCAGCUCAGAGCAACAAGCUGCCAAACCAGGAGAAGUUCCCUGUGACGUCUGCACUGGAACCAAAGUGAAGGCCCUCAAGUCCUGCCUGGAGUGCCUGGUCUCCUACUGUCAGACUCAUCUGGAGCCUCAUCUGACAGUGUCAGUCCUGAAGAAACAUCAGCUGAUGGAGCCUGUGGAGAACCUGGAAGGCAGGAUGUGUCUGAAGCACCAUAAACCUCUGGAGCUGUUCUGUCAGAGAGAGCAGACAUGUGUCUGCAUGAUGUGCACUGUUUUAGAGCACAGGAACCACGAGUUUGUUCCUCUGAGUGAAGAAUGUGAAGGAAAGAAGAAGGAGCUGAGGAAGACAGAGGCUGAAAUGCAGCAGAUGAUCCAGGAGAGACGAGUGAAGAUCAAGGAGAUCAGAGAGUGUGUGAAGAGGAGUAAAGCUGCUGCAGACAGAGAGAAAGCAGAAGGUGUUGAGGUGUUCACUGCUCUGAAGGAGUGUGUUGAGAGAGGCCUGAAGCAGCUGAUGGAGAGGAUGGAGGAGGAAGAGGAAGCCAGAGAGAAACAGGCUGAAGGUCUCAUCAGAGAUCUGGAAGAGGAGAUCUGUGAGCUGACGAAGAGGAGCUCAGAGGUGGAGCAGCUCUUCCUCUCUGAAGACCACCUCCACCUCCUCCAAGGCUUCUCCUCCCUGAAAGCUGCUCCACCCACCAAGGACUGGACACAGGUCAGCGUCCGUCCAUCAUCAUAUGAGGGGACUGUGGUGAGAGCUGUGGCUCAGCUGGAGGAGACUCUCAGCAAAGAGAUGAAGAAGCUGUUUGAGGCUGAUCUGAAGAGGAAGCAGCAGUUUGCAGUGGAUGUGACUCUUGAUCCUGAUACAGCUUAUCCUAAUCUCAUCCUGUCUGAUGAUGGAAAACAAGUGAGUUGUGGUGAUGUGAAGAAGAAGCUUCCAGACAACCCAGAGAGAUUUUCUUUAUAUCUUAUUGUUUUAGGAAAACAGAGUUUCUCUUCAGUUAAAUUUUACUUUGAGGUUCAGGUCAAAGGAAAGACUGACUGGACUUUCGGAGUGAGCAAAGAGUCCAUCAACAGGAAGGGAGAGUUCAGACUGAGGCCUGAUGAAGGUUUCUGGGUUGUCAUACUGAGAAAUGGAAAUCAGUACUCUGCCUGUGAGAACAAUCUCCAUAAUCUGUCUCUGAGAUCUGCUCCUGAGAAGGUGGGGAUGUUUGUGGAUUAUGAGGAGGGUCUGGUCUCUUUUUAUGAUGUAGCUGCUGCAGCUCUGAUCUACUCCUUCACUGGCUGCUGCUUCACUGACAAACUCCUCCCAUUCUUCAGUCCUGAGCCCAAUGGCAGUGGUAAAAACUCUGCUCCUCUGAUCAUCUGUCCUGUCAAUCAAACUGUCUGAUGAGGAAGAUUCACCAACAAUUAAUGAGCUUGUUGGAAAGUAAAAGAUUGACUCUGAUUGAUUUGAUCAAAUCCAGAUGUUCAGUCUGCACUAAACUCACAUUCUUCUCUUCAGUCUUUGAUUAUUGGACCAUUGUUUGAAUGAAUCCAGACCAAUCAGUCAUGAUGUCCACUUCCCUAAUAUGAAGUGCUGAAGCUGCCCUGACCCACUGAGACAUGGACUCCUCUACACCUCUGAAGACCUGCUGGUUUACCUGGCACCAGGAUGGAGCAGCAGGUCCUUUGACUCCUGUGACUUGUGAGCUGUUAGCUUCUUGGAUCAGACUUGUUUGUCCACUGAGUGAGAUGUGGGGAAUUCAGAGGCCAAGUCAACUUUUCAAAGUGGUUGUUGUGUUCCUCAAAGCAUUCCUGAAGCCUUUUAGCUCUGUGGCAGGGUGAGAAAUGAAAAGGAAGAAGGAAGGAGAAUAAGAAGGACUGAAUACAAUCCAUGUGACAAACACCAUCCAUCCAUCUUCUCCACCUCUUUCUCCAGCAGAAGUUCAGGGGCUGUUGUAGGAACUAGCAGCUUGAUCAUUUGUCUCACUGUGGACUGCUAAAUGUCUCAAAUCUCUCAGAUGACUUUGUGUCUUCUUCCAGCUUCAUGCAGCUCAACAAUUCUUCACAGAUCUUCUUCUUGUGAUGCUUCCUUCACAUCAGCAGAUGUUUCUUGUGUUUGGUGUUUUUCUUGGUCACAGUUGUUCUUCAGUUUGGAUCAAUCUUUCAUCUGAACUCAAAUUAACAUGUUUUAGACUCAUUAACCUGAAAGUUCAUUUAUUUCUUCAACCAAUUGUAAAGACCACCUACAGUUUCACCCAGCCGGGCUGAAGAGAAAAAAUCCUUUGCUGUCAUUUAUUGUUUGUGAUUUUGGCACAGAGGUGUGAUGUUCUGACCAAUGUUUUUGUUCAAUUGUUAUUCUAUCAAUGUAUUGAUAAAAAAAAAUCCUGGGACAUUGCUUUUCAUGCUGAACAUGUUAUUUAAGGAGGUUAUUUACAUGUCGGGAUGAUAAGGAGUGACACCACACUGCCACCUGAGGACACCUGAUGACAAUGUGAAGCCGUGAAGUGUCUGCCAGUGUGGAUUAUUUCCCGGUGGGAUUAAAACCUUUCUCCAUUGGACACACUGGAGUAUCAUUCACGGAGCUGCUGGAGUGGUGUGGAUCUUCAUCGGGGGCCAGCGUUCUGCAGGAUUUCUCUGUUGUUUUUUUUGUUUACUAUCCACCCCUGCUGAUCGGUAUGGAUCUGCCGGUGACCUUAUUGUUGUGUCGUAAUCAGAUCACUUUAGGAGAGAUCGUUGAAUUGUUUCACAGUUAUGAGAACGUUUAAUGUAUAUUUUCAAUAAAAAUGUGAA